AUGUUGUUAAUGGUACAAAGCUCAGCUUUCCUCAUCUCAUGUUCAACCAUCUUCUUGCAUAUGGGGACCAUCGCAACGAUGGGUAUCUCCGGCCCCUUCUCUCCUUUUAUCACUCAUAUCCUCCACUGCCUUGGUAUCGAUCUCGAAGAGAAAAUCUCUACUGCUAAUGCCCUUGACACCCUUCGAGCUCAACACGUGCUUCGACGAGUGGAUGCAAGGGUAGGUGUCCGGAAGAAGCUUCUCACCGCCCAAGGGGGAGACGAGUACUAUCGUCCAAAUGGGGCUGAGCUCUUUGAAACUGGCAUGUGA